AUGCAUCUCAACCGCUUCUGCAUCGUCCUCCCAACCACCGACUUCGACGAUCAAUCAGACACCACCACUCAUCAAAUCCCGGCCGACCUCAAGUUCCCACCACCCGGCCAGAAGAAGCACCACCGUGGCUGCGGUCACCAGAUUGUUUCCCUGGUCGGCGGGACGGUCAGGCGGAUUUACGGGUCCAAAUGGGUCAGUUCGUGUCAUAAUGACCCUGACCCGGACCCGGAGAAACGACACCAAAAGAAGGGGUCUAGGAUGGGAUCCGGUGCGUUUCAUGACUUGGAGGGAGUCCAAAUUGGUGACGAGCGGGUCGGGUACGAUAACCCACGGAUCUUCAGCUAUUCGGAGCUUUACAUCGGGUCGAAAGGGUUUAGCGAGAAGGAGGUGCUGGGGAGCGGCGGGUUCGGGCGGGUUUAUCGAGCGGUUCUCCCCAGCGACGGGACUCUGGUGGCGGUGAAGUGUUUGGCGGAGAGAGGGGAGCAGUUCGAGAAGACGUUCGCGGCGGAGCUUGUGGCCGUCGCUCAUCUCCGCCACCGGAAUCUCGUCCGGUUGAGGGGAUGGUGCGUGCACGAGGACCAGCUGUUCCUGGUCUACGACUACAUGCCCAAUCGGAGCCUCGACCGGGUUCUGUUCCGGAAAUCCGAAAACCUAGCUGCGGCGGGGGAGGAAUUUGCCCCGCCGAUUCUCGAUUGGGAGCAGAGGAAGAGAAUCGUGGGCGGAUUGGCGGCGGCGCUCCACUACCUCCACGACCAGCUCGAGACCCAGAUCAUCCACCGCGACGUGAAGACGAGCAACGUGAUGCUCGAUUCCAAUUACAACGCGCGCCUCGGCGAUUUCGGGCUGGCGCGGUGGCUGGAGCACGAGUUGGAGUACGGCGGCGUCAGGACGCCGUCGAUGAGGAACCACCAGUUCCGGCUGGUGGAGUCAACCCGAAUCGGCGGUACGAUCGGGUACCUGCCGCCCGAGAGUUUCCAGAAGAGGGGCCUCGCCACGGCCAAAUCAGACGUUUUCAGCUUCGGAAUCGUUGUUCUGGAGGUCGUCGCGGGGAGAAGAGCGGUGGAUUUGGCUUACCCGGAUGAUCAGAUUGUUCUGCUCGAUUGGGUCCGGCAGCUUUCCGACGAAGGGAAGGUUCUCCAGGUUGGUGACACGAGGCUUGAAGAUGGGUCUUACCGCUUGAUCGAAAUGGAAAGAAUGAUCCAUCUGGGUCUCCUCUGUACUCUCCACAGCGCUCAGUUUCGCCCGAAUAUGAAGUGGGUAGUGGAAGCACUCUCCGGGGGGAAUUCCGGCGACAAAUUGCCGCCGCUUCCUUCUUUUCAAGCCCAUCCACGCUACAUAUCGAUCUCCUCCGGAAGCAACACCACCGCCACCAACAGCAGCUCCAGCGGGACUACGUCAACAACACGGAGCAGCAGAAGAAGCUCCAAGUCCACAACAGCAAGGGUAAUCUCAAUCUCAGCUACUUAUGCUACGGCUGUAGGGGAAACCAUAUAUGAAACGGCGGAGUUGGACACUACUAGUAGUAGUGUUGAUGGUAGUGAUGUUGUUGGUACUUUCAACAACAAUAGAAGUUCUAUGUUUGGUAGCCGAAGAUGCUGUUCUGCUUCUUCCUUUAUGGUGGAAACUCCGAGGGAGAUCUCAUUCAAGGAAAUUGUUACUGCGACCAACAACUUCUCCGACUCAAAUAGGCUAGCGGAGGUUGAUUUUGGCACUGCUUACUAUGGUAUCCUUGGAGAUGGCCAUCAAGUUCUCAUAAAGAGGCUCGGAAUGACACAGUGCCCUGCACUAAGAACUAGGUUCUCUGCCGAGCUUCAGAAUUUAGGCAGGCUGCGCCACCGCAACCUGAUCCAGUUGCGAGGAUGGUGCACCGAGCAAGGAGAGAUGUUGGUCAUCUAUGAUUACUCCCCUAGCCGCCUGCUCAGUCACUUGCUCUUCCACCAACGCAAGCAGAAGAUUGUGACUUGGAGACACAGGUACAACAUUGUGAAGUCACUAGCCUCGGCGGUUCUUUACCUUCAUGAGGAGUGGGAUGAACAAGUCAUCCACAGGAACAUAACUUCAUCUUCGGUUAUUCUCGAUCCGGACAUGAUGAACCCAAGGCUGAGCAACUUUGCGCUCGCUGAGUUCCUCCACAGGAAUGACCAUGCUCAUCAAGCAGCAGCCUCGGCGACCAAAUCGGUCAGGGGGAUCUUUGGAUACAUGUCGCCGGAGUACAUGGAAUCAGGUGAAGCAACGACGAUGGCAGAUGUUUAUAGCUUUGGCGUGGUGGUGCUUGAGGUGGUGAGUGGGCAGAUGGCGGUCGAUUUCAGGCGACCCGAGGUGCUGCUGGUAAAUCGGGUAAAUGAGUUUGAGGCACAAGAUAGAGCAUUGGAGGAACUGGUGGAUGUGAGGUUGGACAAGGAGUAUGAUCGCAAGGAACUGAUGAGGCUAGUGAAAUUGGGGAAGGCAUGUACGAGGUCUGAUCCUCAUCUAAGACCGAGCAUGAGGCAGAUAGUGAGCAUUCUAGAUGGUAAUGAUCAAUGGCUGCGGCUGGUGGAAGGAGGUCAGCAAAAGAAUGAGAGCAGGAAGGAAUGGAGAAAGAAGAAUGCUUCUUCCUUGUCAUUGGUUAAGCGAGUCCAGGCUUUAGGAAUCCAAUGA